GGACAAGUUCUCUCAUCGUCUCUAGCAACGCUGAGUAUUUCGUUUCUUGGAUCGUUGUGCUACAUGAGGACGAUCGCAUCGUGCAUGCCGGGAAGAGCUCGAGGAUAGGGAAGCGAUGGAAAAAGCACUCGUUUCUCGGUGUCGGAGUCGAUUGUGGUUUAUCAUCUUGGGUGGCUUUCUUAUUUGGUUCGCAUUGAUUUCGUUGUUCCGUGCGAAUCCUAUCCAUUUAGUGAAUUAUAAAUCCAUAUAUGUUGCCGAGAGCUACACUCAGAACAACAUCGUAUGGAGCGAUGAUGCAAGUACUAAAGGCGAGAUUGGAAGACCGUUCGAGGGCCUUGGAUUUAAGGAAGAUGCUCCGGAUAGGUCCUCUGUCGAAGAAGGCCUUGUUCAUGAAAAUACUAGAGGCGAGAUUGGAAGACCGUUCAAGGGCGUAGAAUUUAAGGAGAAUGCUCCGGAUAGGUCCUCUGUCAAAGAAGGCCUUGUUCGUGUGAAUCCUAGAGGCGAGAUUGGCAGACCGUUCGAGUGUGUAGAAUUUCAGGAAGAUGCUCCAGAGAGGUCCUCUGUCGAAGAAUGCCUUGUUCACGCGAAUACUAAAGGCGAGGUUGGAAGACGGUUCGGGGGCGUAGAAUUUGAGGAAGAUGCUCCAGAUAGUCCCUCUGUUGAAGAAGGCCUUGUUCAUGCAAAUACUAAAGGCGAGGUUCGAAGACCGUUUGAGGGCGUAGAAUUUAAGGAAGAUGUUCCGGAGGGUUCCUCUGUUGAGGAAGGCCUUGUGAGCAAGACUAAUAGUUUGCUUCCUGGUUCGGAGAUUGCAGAAGAAAAGGCAGCUAGGCAAGAUGGAGAUUCAAUGUCCUGCGAAGGGCGAUACAUUUUCGUUUACAGGCUGCCGAGGCAAUUCAAUGUGGACAUGCUCAGGCAUUGCCAGUCGCUUAGUAAUUGGACAGAUAUGUGCGACACGUUGGCAAACUACGGUCUUGGCCCUCGGCUUCCUAACUCCAAUAAGGUUCUAGGAAACACUGGCUGGUACGACACUAAUCAGUUCUCAUUGGAGGUCAUUUUUCACAACAGGAUGAAACAGUACAAGUGCUUGACCAAUGACUCCUCGGUGGCUUCGGCAAUUUUCGUACCCUAUUACGCGGGCCUCGACGUGGCGAGGUACCUGUGGGAUACUGAUAAAAGCUUGAGAGAUGCUGGUCCGUCCGAUCUGGUCCGGUGGCUCAGGAGAAGACCCGAGUGGAAAGUCAUGGGGGGAAAGGAUCAUUUCUUAGUCGCCGGCAGAAUUGUUUGGGAUUUCAGGAGAGAAAAUGAGGAACCCCCCAAUUGGGGUAACAAUCUCGUGGUUUUGCCGGAAUCGAUGAACAUGACCAUCCUAGUACUCGAAUCAUCGCUUGUGCCUAAGGCUAACGAUUUCGCUAUACCGUACCCCACCUACUUCCACCCUUCGAAGGACAUCGAAGUACGCCAAUGGCAAAGAAGAAUGAGAAGCCUAAAAAGGCCUUACCUGUUCUCUUUCGCGGGUGCUCCGAGGAAAAACUUACGGAACUCUAUCCGUAACGAGAUCAUCAGCCAAUGCCGUGCUUCGAGAAGGAGAUGCAACCUACUGGAAUGCAGUUCCAGGGGAAAACAGUGCUACAAUCCGAUCAUCUUGAUGAAGCUGUUUCAGAGUUCCACCUUCUGCUUGCAACCUCCCGGGGAUUCGUACACCAGAAGGUCGGCCUUUGACUCUAUCCUAGCAGGGUGCAUCCCUGUUUUCUUCCACAGCGGUUCAGCUUAUGACCAAUACAAGUGGCAUUUACCCGGCGAUCACUCCAAAUAUUCCGUGUUCAUACCGGAAAAUCUCGUGAGGGAUGGGAAGGUCACGCUCGAGAAGCUGUUGCUUCACAUUUCGAGGAAGGAUGUAUCCGCCAUGCAAGAGGAGGUGAUACGGCUCAUCCCGGCGAUUCUGUAUGCGGAUCCGACGUCCGAACUAGAGACCCUCGAAGAUGCAUUUGAUCUGUCGGUUAAAGGGGUUCUUGAGAGGGUCCAGAGGAUCAGAGAAGAGACUUUAGGCUAGAGGAACCUCAUUUAAUCUUUAGACGUUAAGUGUUAUUGGGGAACCUUAGAAUUUUUGGCAUGUAGAAAAGACUCUCAUUCUCAUGUACAUUCGGUCCCAACAAUAAGAGCAGGAAGGAAGUAGCAAUUUCCAUCUA